AUGCCCAUCAAAUCCCGAUUCUCAGUGCCGGUUCCCAACUGCUCCAUCCAGCAAUGGGUCUUCGGGUCUCCUUCCGGGCCUCUUCCCGACAAGAAGGCCUGGAUUGAUGCUGACCGGCCCGAGACUCACUUCUUAACAUACGCCCAAGGCCGGCUCCUUGCCAAGCGCAUUGCGGUCGGUCUAAUAGAUGACGGUAUCAAGCCGGGCGACCGCGUGUUGCUCUACUCCGGGAACAGCAUCUUCUUCCCCGUCAUUGCAAUGGGCGUCUGGAUGGCCGGGGCCGUCUUCACGGGAGCAAAUCAUGGGUACGUAGCCCGCGAAUUGGCCUUUCAGCUAAAUGAUAGCGGGGCUUGUGUGAUGAUCGCAGCAGAGAGCAACUUCGACGUUGCGCUAGAAGCAGCAACCCAAGUCGGUAUGAACCAUGAUCGAGUAUUCAUGUUCGAUUCUACACUUCCAGACUCUUCAGAAGUCGAGGCGAAGCCUCGGGAAGGCAGCAGACAUUGGACAGAACUGAUCGCAUCUCAAACCCUGGGGGAUAAGUUCUUCUGGGCUGAACCAGAAGACUCGAAGAAGGUGACUUGCGGCCUCAACUACAGUUCAGGAACGACUGGUGUUCCAAAAGGUGUCGAGAUAUCGCAUUACAACCACGUCGCCAACGGCGUUGGCGCAAUCCAUUUCAACCAACUGGACCCCGAGUACAAGAACAAGACAAGCCGCGCUGCAGCUCUCUGCUUUCUCCCCAUGUCUCACGCCUUCAGUAUGGGGUAUUUUAUCAACUACCUUCCCUACGAAGGCGUUCCCGUUUACGUCAUGCCCUCCUUCAACUUCCCCAAAAUGCUGGCUCACAUCCAAGCAUUCCGCAUCACCAAGCUCUUCACCGCCCCGCCAAUCCUCGUACUCCUAUCCAAACAUCCCCUCGCCCGCCGCGCCGACCUCAGCAGCAUUGAAAUGAUUGCAUGCGGCGCUGCGCCACUGUCCAAGGAUACUCAACGCGAGGUGAAUAGCAUGUUACCAAGGGGGGGCUCGAUAGCUAAGCAGGGCUGGGGCAUGACGGAAGCCACAUGCAUGGCCUUCUCUUGGGACCCGACGAGGCCAUCCAAUGCAUCGGUCGGUGAGCUGGUAGCUAAUUGCCAAGCUAAGCUAAUGCAUCUGGAGACGGGUGCCGAGAUCACCAAUGCCAACACGCCCGGCGAGCUGUGGCUCACAGGCCCGACCAUCAUGCGUGGGUACUGGCGCAAUCCGGCCGCAACUGAGGAGGUACUCGUCACGGAUGAGGACGGCACGCAAUGGCUUCGUACCGGAGAUGUUGCCCAUGUGGAGGAGUUCGCACCGGGGACACUCUUCCACAUUGUCGAUCGAGUCAAGGAACUGAUCAAAGUCAAGGGACUCCAGGUUGCCCCGGCCGAACUUGAGGCGCUUCUAUUAGAACGGAAUGAUGUGGCCGAUGCGGCUGUAAUUGGUGUCACCAUCAAUGGCGAGGAAGUUCCCCGGGCAUACGUCGUCAAGACACCCAACGCCAAGGACACCACAGAAGAUGAUAUUGCCUCCUGGCUUGCCGCCCGCGUCGCACGGCACAAGCGGCUGGCAGGCGGAGUGGUUUUCAUCGACGCCAUCCCCAAGAUCCCGUCUGGCAAAAUCUUGCGCAAGACGCUUCGCGAACGAGCGAAGCGGGAGGUUUGUAAAGGCGGAGAGGUGCGGCCCAAGCUGUGA